CACAUGCGGAGGACGCGCAAGGUGAAGUCUACAGCUGAAUGGUUGAGCUGAAUGCACGCUGGACCACGGCCGAUCUCGCUAUACUGUAGCCUAACUAGUACCUUAUUAUUUUAAUGUUCAUAACAAAGAUUUGGAACAGACUGACGUUUUAUCGCUGACGUGCAGAGAAACAGACCGUUUUCCAGCCCUUUCGAGAGGCUGGCUUUGUUCUGAAGCACAACAUCAGUGAAAUUUGAACGAGAUGGGUACUUUGGAGAAAGAAAAUAGGUCAGACGAAGAAAUAGAAUCAUCUGAGGAGGAAGAGGUAGACCCCAGAAUCCAGGGAGAACUUGAAAAACUCAACCAAUCCACAGAUGACAUCAACAGAUGUGAAACUGAACUGGAGGAUGCAAGGCAGAAGUUCCGUUCUGUUCUGGUGGAGGCCACUGUGAAACUGGACGAGCUGGUGAAGAAGAUAGGCAAGGCUGUGGAAGACUCCAAACCGUACUGGGAGGCCAGGAAGGUAGCCCGCCAGGCUCAGCUUGAAGCCCAGCGGGCCACGCAGGACUUCCAGAGGGCCACCGAGGUGCUGCGGGCCGCCAAAGAGACCAUCGCCCUGGCCGAGCAGAGGCUCCUGGAGGACGACAAGCGCCAGUUUGACUCGGCCUGGCAGGAGAUGCUGAAUCAUGCUACUCAGAGGGUCAUGGAGGCGGAGCAGACAAAGACACGCAGUGAGCUGGUGCACAAGGAGACGGCGGCCAAGUACAACGCCGCCAUGGGUCGCAUGAAGCAGCUGGAGAAGAAGCUCAAACGCACCAUCAGCAAGUCAAAGCCUUACUUUGAACUCAAGGCGAAGUACUACCUGCAGCUUGAGCAACUGAAGAAGAGUGUGGAUGACCUUCAAGCCAAGCUCAGCCAGGCAAAAGGGGAGUACAAGACUGCCCUGAGGAACUUGGAGAUGAUCUCGGAUGAGAUCCACGAGCGCCGGCGGUCUUCGGUCAUCGGCCCCCGAGAACGCGGAGUGGGCGCCGAGGGCGACUUCAUCAGUGUCACCGGAGAUGAUGUCACCAGUUUCAAACUGGAGUCGGAUGGCAUUUCCAUGACCUCGGAGACCUUUGAGGACGAGAACAGGAGCACCUGCACCAUGUCCGAGGAGGACUCGGAGACCCAGUCCACCUGCAGCUUGAGCUCCGGGCCCCACAGUCCGCUGGAGCUGCCCUGUCCCUUCAGCUCAGCCUCCCCGUCGCCUUCCUCUUCCUCCUCCACCUCCUCUUCCUCUUCCUCCCCCACCCCCUCCACCCGGCCCUGCAGUCUGGACCUGCCCAGCACCGUGUCCCUGUCGGACUUCGGCCUCAUCUCCCCUGUCCUGGGCCCUCGCAGCGAGUGCAGCGGCGCUUCGUCUCCAGAGUGUGACCUUGAGAGAGGUGACCGAGCCGAGGGAGCAGAAGCAGAACUAGACAACGCCCUCAACAACAACAACAGCAGCAACAGCGGCGGCAGCAGCAGCAGCAGCGGCGUGGUCAAGAGGAGCUUCAGCCUGGAGACGCGCUUCCGCCUGCUGUCCUUGAGGCGCAGCCGCACGGACAGCGCCAAGAACGCCGAGCGCCAGCGCGCCAGUCUGGCUCGCCAGCCCUCCCCCUCCGUGCUGCUGUUGAACGGGGUGUAGCGCCAACGCCGCCCCCCUCCGACCCCAAAAUGAUCCCCACACACGACCUCCUCCAUCACCCCAACACCUCCCCACCACCACCUACUUUCUCCUACUGUGUGCAAACAAGGAAACUAGGCCACCCUCACCCUCCAUGUGCUCAUGACAUUCAUUUCAAGACUUUCAUGAACGCCAAACGAUGACUGAACUACGUGGUGGUCUGCACUAUUCUGACGUACUGCUUACAGAGCUUCACUGAAGGUCUACUGUACAUGGAUGGCACCAGCCACUCUUUGGCCGUAGACACGAGGGUCACUGAAGUACUGAGAGCCUGAGGGAGUUUCUCCGUGGGACCUUGAACAUUUGAUCCGUCAACAGGACGAAGAUGGAGCACCUGAUGAGAACUUAACAGAAUAGCAGGUUGCACAUCUCCGUGGGGUCUUAAAGACAGUUUUGUUGGGAGUAUAAAGGCAUUGUAAGAGCAAGUAAAGGAUUUUCCCAUCUUAAGCUCAAAG